AUGAGGUUCUUGGCUGCGCUCCUCAACUUCUGCAGUAGUGGCUCCGCUUCAGGUGUCCUCCGGUCUAAAGGACUUCCAGGCCAGGGACCACGCAGCCAGAGCCAGCUUGCAAGUGUCAGAAGAGCCACCAGCGUGAGCUCAAGCCUGGCGGGGCACCAGACGCUGGCCACACGAGGGGCGGGGAGAAGCGUGUCCGGGGGCGGCGCUCUAGAACUGGGGAAGCCGGAGUGGCGCGGCGCGGUUCCCGGGGCAGCCCCGCCCCGCCCCGCCCCGCCCCGCCCCGCCCCGGCGUGUCCGGCUGGGUCCCGUCCCGAAGCGUCUGUCCCCGCGCUCCUCGCACCCUCCCCAGCUGAGGCGUUCGCCAUUGCUUCCAGCGCAGCCAUGGCUCAGCACUUCUCCCUGGCCGCCUGCGAUGUGGUCGGCUUCGAUCUGGACCACACACUGUGUCGCUACAACCUGCCCGAGAGCGCCCCGCUCAUUUAUAAUAGCUUUGCUCAGUACCUAGUCAAGGAGAAAGGGUAUGAUAAGGAAUUGCUUACUGUGACCCCAGAGGAUUGGGAUUUCUGUUGCAAGGGUUUGGCAUUGGAUCUGGAAGAUGGGACCUUCAUUAAACUUGCGGAUAAUGGCACCGUGCUCAGGGCAAGCCGUGGCACUAAGAUGAUGACUCCAGAGGCCCUGGCAGAGGCAUAUGGCAAGAAGGAGUGGAAGCAUUUUGUGUCUGACACUGGUGUGCCUUGCCAUUCAGGAAAAUAUUACUUUUACGAUAAUUACUUUGACCUGCCAGGAGCUCUUCUGUGUGCCAGGGUGGUGGAUUCCUUAACAAAGCAGAAGAGUGAUCAAAAAACAUUUGAUUUUUGGAAGGAUAUAGUUGCUGGUAUACAACACAAUUUUAAAAUGUCAGCUUUUAAAGCAGAAAUUUUUAAAUAUUGAAGGAGUUGACAGAAA